AUGUCAGUAAAGUCAGUGAAGCUAGUGAAGUCAGAGAAGUCAGUGAAAUUAGUGAAAUCAUUGAAGUCAAUGAAGUCAGUAAAGUCGGGAAUAUCGAUGAAAUCAGUAGAGUCAGUAAAGUCAGUCAAAUCAAUAAUGUCCGUGAAGUCAGCAAAGUCGAUGAAAUCAUCAGUAAAGUCAAUGAAGUCAGUAAAGUCAGUAACGUCACUGAAGUCAGUAAAGUCGGUGAAGUCAGUAAAGUCAGUAAAGUCGGUAAAGUCGGUGAAGUCAGUGAAGUCAGUAAAGUCGGUGAAGUCAGUAAAGUCAGUAAAGUCAGUAAAGUCGGUGAAGUCAGUAAAGUCAGUAAAGUCAGUAAAGUCGGUGAAGUCAGUAAAGUCAGUAAAGUCGGUGAAGUCAGUAAAGUCAGUAACGUCACUGAAGUCAGUAAAGUCAGUGAAGUCAGUAAAGUCAUCAGUAGAGUCGGUGAAGUUAGUAAAGUUAGUGAAGUCAGUUAAGUCAAUGAAGUCAGUAAAUUCGAUGAAGUCAGUCAUGUCGGUAAAGUCAGUAAAUUCAGUGAAGUCAGUGAAUUCUGUGAAGUCAGUCAAGUCAGUAAAGUCAGUGAAGUCAGUAAAUUCGGUGAAGUUAGUAAAGUCAGUGAAGUCAGUAAAGUCAGUGAAGUCGGUUAAGGACUAUUAUCUCGCCAAUGAAACAUCUAAUUAA